ACGGAAACAGUCUUCAAUCACUGCCCCCCCCUGUCUCUUGGCUGGCUGCCGGCUACCCAAACAACAACCUUUUGCCUUUGAAAUAGCAAAAAGAAAAAUCCAUUAAGUUUUCCCGUUUCGGUUUCAGUUUUAUUACAGCUUUUAUUUUAUUUGGCGUUGAACCCCAAGACCAUCUCUCCCACCCUUUCUUUUCCGUUUUGAUUCUCUGGUUUGACUUCUGUCUGACUCCUUUAACUCGUUUUCUUCCUGUGAGAGUUCGAUCAGAGGAAAAGAAAACAGGAUGAACGACCUGCUCACGGACUCGUUCGUUGGUCCUACGAACCGGGUUCAGAGUAACGAUAUUGAGAUGGGGGUCCAGGGUCACAGCCAGAGCUCCAGGAGUAGCUCUGAUAUGGGAAUGGCAAGUUUCAAUAAGCAGAUACAAGAAGUUGAGAAAAAUGUUGAUAAAGUUGCUGGUCUGCUGAAGAACUUGAAGGAUGCUAAUGAGGAAUCAAAGACAGUUACAAAAGCUUCUUCCAUGAAAGCCAUCAAAAAGCGAAUGGAGAAAGACAUUGAUGAAGUGGGCAAGACAGCACGUUUCGUCAAAGCAAAACUAGAAGCCAUAAACAAAGAUAACUUAGCAAAUCGACAGAAACCUGGCUGCGGAAAGGGAACUGGGGUCGACAGAGCUAGGAUGAACGUUUCAAAUUCAUUAACGAAAAGGUUUAGGGACCUGAUGACCGAGUUUCAGACCCUAAGGCAGAAGAUACAAGAUGAAUAUCGAGAGGUUGUUGAGAGAAGGGUCAUGACCGUUACUGGAACUACACCGGAUGAGGAGACGAUUGACCAACUAAUUGAGACGGGAGAUAGCGAGCAGAUCUUUCAAAAUGCAAUGCAAGAAAUGGGCCGAGGACAGGUGUUAAAUACGGUCCAAGAAAUCCAUGAGAGGCAUGAUGCAGUGAAGGAGAUCGAAAAGAAGCUUCUUGAUUUACACCAGAUAUACCUUGACAUGGCUGUCCUAGUUGAGGCUCAAGGAGAGAUAUUAGACAACAUCGAAAACCAGGUGACAAAUGCGGUGGAUCAUAUUCAGACAGGGACAGAUGCCCUUCAGACGGCCAAGAGUCUGCAGAAGAACUCGAGAAAAUGCAUGAUGAUCGCAAUCAUUCUCCUCUUGCUCAUUGCCGGUUUCAUUGUACUAGCCGUUUUCAAACCCUGGAAGAACAAGAAGGCCUGAAAUCCCCCCCACACACAAGGAAAAUACACACAGAAAGACACACAUGCAGAUAGAUAUAUAUAUAUAGAAGAAAGAAAAAAGUAGUGCUUUAUCCAUUCAUUACGCAACUAUUUUCUGUGUCACUCAAUAACAUCACACUACAGUUGCAUUUCUUCCAAUGGCUCUCACUCAAUUUAAGGCCUCCCCUCUGUAAUUUUGACCUCUAUCCUAUAGUUUUUGUUGGG